AUGGCUUUUGUCAUCAAUUUUGUUUUUUUGUCAGUUUGGGCAGUUGUAGCUUAUACACUCCCUCACAAUACCAUUCUCAAAAGCUCAUCGUUCGACUUUGAGUCAUCUGGCAGCGGGCCAGAUGAACCUGUCCGAGGAAUAGUCAAAGUUGUACGAGUCAACCCGCAUGUCCUGCCUCAGUCAGGGCUCUUCAGACGGGGUCUAGCCCCCAGGGGAGCCCCCUCCCUCAGCUCCAGAUUGCCCUUCCCUGCCUUCCUGUCGCGAGGACGGCCAGGCUCAGCCCUGGCCCCGAAGGCUCCAGUAAGCCCCCUCCACCACCUACGCCCUGAAACCCCCACUGGGUUGGACCUGAAGAAGAGACAAGGUCUGCAGAUGUGGCAGAGGGCCAUGGAGAAAGGAGACCAUGGAAAGAUGAGCAUGUCUCUGCCUGUCAGCCUGAAGGACACUACUAAACAGACAUGCUCUGCCGUACCUUUCACUCAGCGAGUGACAGCAGAGGGAUGCAGCACGGUGACAGUGCACAACAAGCUGUGUUUUGGCCAGUGCAGCUCUCUGUUCGUCCCAUCUGGGGGGGAGUUUUCCGGGCUGGGUACCGGGACGGGAGGCCUCCAUCGUGCCCCCUGCUCCCGCUGCGCCCCAUCCAAGGCUCACACUGUGUCCAUACCCCUGCACUGUGGAGCCGAGGUCCGGCAGAAGCGAGUGAUGGUGGUCGAAGAAUGCAAGUGUGAGACAGGCCGUGAGGAGGGACAUGCUGAGGCUGCAGCUUUAACACACCUCUGA